AUGGCGGCUCCGUCACCGGUUACGCUCACCCUCUGGCCGAACCGGAUCGGUGAUGCCAGAAAUACACGAAAGAUCGAGCUCAAGACAAGGAAGGUCGAGCUCGAGGCACGGAAGAUCGAGCUCGAAGCAAGGAAGGUCGAGCUCGAGGAACGACAGAUCGAGCUCGAGGCACGGAAGGUCGAGCUCGAGACUGACGGGCCGAUCUUCGGGUUGUCACCCUUCACCCUCAUCAUCUACACAUCAUCCUACAAACUCUCGCAAUCUAUCACCACCUAUCCCAAGAACAUCAUGAAGCUCCUCGCUCUUGCCCUUUCUCUUUUCGCCGGCGUUAACGCUGUCGCCAUCCCCGCCGACAUGAUCGAGACUCGCGGCGAUGCCGGUGAGGUUGCGGCCCAGGCGGGAGGCGUCUACUUCUGCAACGGUGCCGAGUUCACGGACAAGUGCAAGUGGUUCCCCAUGGGCAAGUGUGUCAAUUUGGCUCCGUACGGCAUGCAGGGACAGAUAUCCUCCAUCGCGCCCAACAAGGGAGUGAGGUGCACCUUCUACGUCAUGCCCAACUGUCUCCUCGGCCAGGCGAUGAAGUACAAGGUCUACAGGCACCCCGGCGAGGGCAACGUUGGAAACGAGUGGAACGACAAGUUCUGGAGCUUCCAGUGCUACUAGUCGCUCUUUCCGAUUACAUCUUAAUGGCUUGAUGGAAUGUUCAUGGGG